AUGUUCCAGCCGGGGGCGACGGCGGCCAAGCGCUGCUUCACCAUCGAGUCCCUGGUGGGCAAGGACAGCCACCCGCUGGGGGAAGAGCCCCUCCGGCCGGCCGCCGCCGCCUCCCUCGGCUACCCGGCCAGCGCCGCCGUCGAGGCCUUCGCGCACGGCUUCCAGGGCUCGGCAGCCGCCGCCGGGCGCUCUCUCUACAGCAGCCCGGAGCUGCUCUUCCCCGAGGCCGUGAGCCACCCGCCCGCCCUGGCCGUCCACCCGCCCCAGCUGGCCGCCUCGCACCUCCCGCCCUCGCCGCACCCCUUCUUCGGCGCCCAGCCCCGCGACCCGCUCAACUUCUACCCGUGGGUGCUGCGCAACCGCUUCUUCGGGCAUCGCUUCCAAGGUAAGGGCCGGUGGGACUGGGAGGGAGGCGGAGGAGGAAGAAGGGGGGGGGCGCCGAAAGAGAGGCCUAGGUCUGGGGGCGGCUGGUUCGGGCGUGUUGGGCGCUGGGCAGGAGCCCUCCGACCCCCGCCGACCGACUGUGACCCAAUGGCGUCUCCAGGUAUGGCUGGGAGAGUCCCAAACCCAAGUGUGAAACGCUGGGGAGCCGCUGCUGAAAGCCCGUGUAGACGUCCCUGAGCCAAACUGGCCAAUGGGUUUAACUCCGGAUCGGUCAGCUAAGCAGGCGCUCCUGCUCCCAUAGGUCUUCGGCCGCGCUGGCGAGGAUUCUUCCACGGCUAAGCCCCCUCCCCAAGUCGCGGGCCGGUUUCCAGGGUGAGCAGUGUCCUCAAGUCCAGCUCUCCGGACAAGGAUGGCCUUUGCUUAAUAGGAAGGCAAGACUGACCCGCGGUGGGGGGGGGGAGAGCAGAAGGGCCUCGCUGUGGGGCACAGCAGCAGCCAAGGAGGCUGAGACCAGCCAGGGCCCUUGUGGUCGAGAGGCCAGCCGGAGCGCUUCCAGGCAAGGCCGGCGUUCCCGCGGACGCUGCUGCUGCUGCCGGCGGCCCGUUUACCCAGAAAGUCUCCAGACCCGUAGCUUUCUUCCCGUGGGCUCGCCGUUCUUCCGCAGCCGCCUCGGGCUUCCCUCGAUGGGCCUCUCGGCUGCCAGUCCAGCCCGGAAGGGUCCUCCGUCGGACGUGGCCCUGAACCUUCCGCCUCUGUCCGGCAAGGCGGCGUGGAACUUCCAGAGGAGGUUCGAAGCUCAGGGUCUUUCGCGUCUUGGUUUUAAGAAGGAUUUUUCCUCUUAUAAACGAAAGUAAAUUGAAUGGAAAGACCCCCGGCCUUUCAGCCAGCCCCCCUUUUAGACAUUUGCCGACGGGGCGCGGGGUCGGCGGCGCUUCCUCCGCGGCGGAGCCCCGUUCUCUGCCUCGGGCGCGGCUGGAAUCUGCUCCGCGUCUCCCCGCUUCUUUCUAGGGGGGCAGAGGCAACACGAACAGAGCGGGGGGGGGAGAGUGGGAGCUGUCGCUCCUGCCCCCCACGACUGCACGCUUUGCCUGGAUCGGGUAGCUCUAAGUCCUCCAAAUAUUCCGUCGAACACAAUUAAAUGCAAGGAAACGGCGAAAGGUGUCUUGGCCUUCGGGAACGGGGUGCGCAUGAGUUGCGCGAGGUUGGGGUGGGGAUCCUAUUCCACGUACUUUCUCUCGGAAAUAAAUUGAUCUGAAAAUCGCGCUUUCCCCUCCUUUCUCCAGGGAGUUCUGGAUCUGUGUUUCCUGCUUGGCAGGGGGUUGGACUCGAUGGCCCUUGUGGUCUCUUCCAACUCUAUGAUUCUAUGGUUGUUAAUAAAUUAUAAAGGCGCAGAAAUAAUUUCUUGACCCACCCUGAGAAUGGCAGAAUUCUCUUUUUUUGUUUCGCUAUAAUACGAUUAUAUUUUCUUCUAUUCUCCCCUGGGGUGGGGGACCCUUCUUCCAGGUAAGUGAGGGGAACCAGACCCUUUAAUCUUGCGGACUGUCUGGGGGACCCACCCCCCCCGGCCACGACCGGGCCUGGAUUUCCCGCUCCCAGGGCUGGAGGAACCUAUUCGCGGCGACAGGAGCCCCUUUCUAUGGGCGAGAGACUCUCGUGGAUGGAGCGGGUGGCUGGGUGUGCGAGGGGGAAAUUAUACCUGGUUAAGGUGGAAAGAAUAACAAAGGGAAAACAAUCCGUUUGCCCCGGAACUUUUUCUGAAACCCACAAACCAGUUGGGAAUUUUCUUGGCGGUCCCAGAUGAAACCUGGAGCCCCGCCGUCGCCAGUUCGAAAUUUGACGAAGGCGAAAUGUUCGGCACCGAAAUCCCCGCCGUCGGCGCAACUUAAUUGCUAGAUAUUUUGUAUUUCGGCCGACAAUCGGCGAUCCUGAAAUCAAGGGGCGCUGAUUUUUGAGUCGCGGGGCGAUAAAUUAAGUCCUUUUAAGCUUAUCUCGUUUUAAACAGGCGCUGAAAUCUCCUAAAGAAAUAGACGAGAUUCGAAAGUGCAGAAUUGUGACGGGAUUGUGUCCCCCGUUUUUAAUUUUUUUGUGGGGGAGGGAGGAGGUGGAAAGAGAAAGAAAUAUCGGAAACGAAGGAUCCGCCUAAAGGCGAGCAGCGCGGGGCUUUUCUGCCAGGGAAAUGCCCUUUCACGAAAGCCGCGGUUCCACCUCAGGUUCCCCGCAAAGAGGCGGGAGCCGUAGUUUUAUUUUGUAUCCUUUAAAUAUCGAGGCAGGAAAACGUGGGACCUCCGCGUCGUGACUCCGGAGUCAUCCUGUCCUCGCAGGAAAAAACGAUUCUGCAAAUCCUUGUUUCUAAUAAUGAAACCAACGACGCUUGAUUGCGGAGUCUCGCGGAAAGGGGCGCCCGACCCGAAUCUUGCGCGGAAAGGAGAAGAUGGUAGCGCAGGCCUCUCUGGGACCGGAAUGGGAGGGGGGCCGAUCUGGCCCCAAAUCUGGGCAGGUUUCGCGGGACACAGACAAGCUCCGACGCAGAAGGGCAGGGCUCAGCAAAAGAGGAGGUGGGCUUCGAAAGGGUGCUCGCCCCUCCAAGGCGGGAGCAGCGACCAGGCGCUGCGCAGCUUCUGCCUCGACGGCGCGUCCGCCUUCUCUUGGCCUCGCCUGGACGGCUCUUUGGUGCCGUGAGUCGCCCCUCCCUGCCCACGGCCCUUCCUUCGACGGAGAGCGUGAGGCUUUGGCUCUGGCCCGCCCGGGACGGGAGAGCAGCCCGUGCCCGCCCCCCGACGGGUCCUUCCUCGGGCCGACUCUCAUUACCACGUUGGAAAUGCAAAUCCAGCCCGCGUCUCGCUCCCAUCCCCGGCCGGCGCGUGAAAGGAGAGCGGCCCAUCAAAGGCUCUUUGUUCCGCGCCCAGGAGGGGAUUAAGCCCCCGCGGCGCCCCCUCGCACGCCAGCCAGGGAACGAGGCUGCAGCGGGGCCAACGGUUUUCCCUGGACGCGCUCCUGUGUCUCGGAGGGCGCAAAUGCUUCAGGAUCGCGACUGGAAAGAACGCCGCCGCUGCAGGUUGCGUUCUCUCGCCAGCCCCGCAAAAGCAUUGCUCGGUUCGCGAAGUUGCCGCCGGCCAGACACGCUUCUGGUCCGGGGCGAAUUUGGCUGAUGGGGAUCCGCGCGGGGCCUCCCGUCCCUUGGAAGCCCGGAGCCACUGGCCGGCCAGGCCUCCAGCAGACAUGGACGGGGCUCUGAGCUCCCUGGAAGCCGUAGCGGCUCCUGGAUGCCCAGGUCUGAUGGCUCCGCCCGGCUCCUAUUCGGACCGGGUAGACCCGGGGAACGGAGGGCACCGAAAGUGCUUCCAUCAUCGGCCAGAAGGAGAAAGGGCUGGCUUGGCGAAGCAGCCCCGCGGCGCUGGACCAAUAUUUCAGUUUGUUUGUUUCAUAAAAUUUACACGCUGCUUGACAGGGAGAAAACCCUCGAAGCGGUUUACAAAGAGAAUACAACAAUUAUCAGUAGAAACAACUCUUUAAAAGAUAAAAUCAGCAGUAAACUAAAAGCGGAUUAAACCACGCAUCCACAUUCAUCUGCAGGGACAGCUUCGCGCUGGGUGUCUCUGCCCCCCCCUUUCUUCCUGGGUUUCCUCAGCACCUGUUGAGCCCUAUAAAACCUAGGAAGGUCUUACCAGUGGUUUUUUCCCCCCUCGAGAAAGCCUUCUGGGAAUCUUAAAACGUGGGGGGAGGCAGGGGGCGUUGGCUUCCCCCCUCCAUUCCUCUCAGCCUGGCAGGUGUGUUCUUCCUCCUCUACCCCCCCCCCCACUCCUGGUCCCAAAAUCGAGACCCCACGUUGCAGUGCCCUGUCGGAGGACCCCAGUUGUUUCAGCACAUGCUGGCAAAGGGACUCUGACCCUGGGAGGAGGUCACCCCCCCUCACUGGGCAGCCCCUACCCCCCCCACAACUGCCCGCCUUGCUCUGUGCCUUCAUCCAAGUUGCCCUUGCAGCAAAUGUUGGGUUUUCCUUCGCGAGCAGCCAGUCGCCAGUGAUUAAAUUGAUCGUUAUGCUGUUGGCUUUUUUUUCCUGCUAUCGAGUAUGGCACUGGGGUUUUUCUCUUUAAAAUUCCAGAAAGACCUGUGUGCGUGUCUGCCUCCGACAUAUUGGCCUUCAUCACCAUAGUUGUGUUUUUUUUAUGCUUUCUGGGCAGAGACACCGCCCCCCCUUCUGUCCUGCACUGUUGUUGUGUUGUAAACUAUCAUCAUCCCUCUUAACUAACUAUCCUGCAGAAAUUAAGCCCGUUUUUAAGUCUCCUUGCUUUUAUUAACUUGGGAGUUUAAGUGGACGCUUUAACUGUCCUCUCUGGCAAAUGAUACGGCUUAGCUUUGGCAUGGGAUCGAUGUGCAAGGCAGUGGAUGUGAAAUGAUGAUGGAGCUGGUGGUUUGUCUUUCACUUCAUUGAUCAGCACAAAACUUUCCUCCUGAAAUAGGCCUGGAGUCUCUCCUCCCAGGGCUGGUGCAAUCUACACUCUUGUUUGCUCCGGCAAUGAAAGUGGGUCUUCCCUGAAAGAGACAAGGCAUCAGUGGCUGGCAAAGCAGUGGGCAUUGCCAGGCUGACUUCACCAUCCUGCCACAGUUUCCUAAAAGUGUCCUAGUGUCCUCAGGUCUUUGGGGGGGGGGAUGUCUUGGACUGACCAGCACCACCACCUUCGCUGUCGGAAGUGCAGCAGGUGCCUGUAAGAUCUCCAACUUUUUCUGUGGCAUCACAUCAGGGUUGUGGGUUCCAUGUCUACAAGACUUUGCUUGGUAUUUAGGAAAGCCAGAAGAGACUCUUUUAUUUCAGGGAGAUUUUAAGAUGCAUUUUUUAUGUUGCAAAUUGCCCAAUGGAUCUUUGAAUGAAGGGUGGUAUAGAAAUUUAAUUAUCGCUGCUAUUAUUAUUAUUAUUAUUAUUAUUAAUUAUUAUUACUAUUACCAAUUAUUAAUACUAUUAAACUGAAUAAAUCAAGCCUGAGUUCGUGCCAUGUGAAAUGUUGGGUUUUAUAAUUGAAGUAAUGGUGUUUUCUUCCUGUUUUUAUUUUCUUUUUCACUGCGUGCUAUUCAGAGACUUAGAGUGAGAGGUUUUGAAUUUAGUAAGUGAAUAAGAAUAAAUGAAUCCAUAGAAGGGUCUUUUUGGAGGUAGAAAAUCCAGACUUGGAAAUCUGAAAAUGAAGUGCUUUAGCUAGUAUGCCGCUCAUCAGGUUUAAGCUUGGGGAGGGGGGGAAUAGCAAGAAUUAUGGUAACCUGGUUUAUUUAUUUUUAUUUAUGAGUUAAAUCCGUAUACCUCCUUUCAUCCGUAGAUCUCAGAGUGGUUCACAACAUAAAAUUACGAUAGAUUGUCAUCAUUACACUAUGCUCUGUUGAUGAGAUGAUCUCUUAAUCUCUAGGGUAUAUUGGGGGGCAGGACACCCAUUAAAACAAUACUUGGCAGACUCUGGGGUGAAUUCCCCCUCUGCCAGCCCCACCAAGCUGAACAGGGACCACCGCAAAGAGGAGAGGGGUCUUUAUCUUCUCCCGCCAUCCCCGGGGCCUGGAGAGGAAAGCUUCCCAGUGGACAAGCUCUAAUUGAGCAGCACUUGAACUGCUUAUUCAGCCAAGAUGUUCUAGCACCAAGCCUAUUUUAAGUUGCUCCCAAAACAAAUGCACUUUCAGAAGAAAAACUUGAGUCCUUCCCCCUCCCAGCCCAGCCCAGUGUAUUCCCAGACACACAGCAACCAUCCUUUCUCAAAACAUGUUUUUUCUCCCCUUUAAAUUAACCACUUGGGAUGGUGGUCCCUGUUUGCACAAAAGGAGUGUGGAUCUCAGUGUCGGCAAAGUGUCCUUCAGAAAGGAACGCUUCUAUAUUUGUUUGUCUGCUGUGAGGACAUUUGAGGGUUCUGUGGGCGAAAUCGGCAGAACCCUCCUUUUAGUUUCCUAAAGCAAAGCAUUUUCUCCCCGAUGAAUUCACUCAAAUUCCUGAUGGGAAGUUCGGCUGGAAUUCUAGUAUAUGGUGCUAGAGCAUAAUUUGUGUAUUUGGAAUUUAUUGCUCUGGAGUGCAUCAGGUCAUUUCUCUAUUAUUCAUUUAGUAUUUAAUCCCCCCUUUAUUAAUAAAACUGAUCAACCCAUUUUCUAAAGAAAGCAAAGAGGUUUAUGAAGUGUAAAAAUGGUCAGCAGCGUUCUGAAGAGCCCAUCCUGAGCAGCCACAGAUUUUCUGUGCUUAAUGGAAUUUACGCGGCACCCGGACAAUUUCAGGGAAUGGGGAGCCACUCUGGGCAGAGGGAGCCCCCAAAGGAAAGCAGGGGCCUGCUCUCUCCCUUUUAUUUCUGGAGAUUAAUGGCAUGAGAUUUUAUUUUGAACGGAGACGCAGAAAGGCCCCUGGGUCACAUAGAAACACGGUAGCUGCCUGUUCGUGGCUUGUUAUUAUCGUUAAUAUUUAUUAAUAACACACGCUUCACCCCAAGGUCCCAGGGCAGGCUGCAACAUCAAAACACAAUAAUAAAAAGCAGUUUAAAACAAAAGGGCCAAAGCUGAAUAUGUUCAGACCCCAUUAAUUUAUGCUGGAUAAAUAAUAAUGAUCAUUUUACAAAUAAUGAAAGUAAAAACAACUAAAUGUGUGUAUUUCAUAGGGAUUAACACAACUGAAAUUAAUAAAAAUUGAAAUCUAAAUUUUAAAAAAAUGUAUACAACAGCGGUAGGAAAAUGCCACCUCUCUCCCAGGCCACUCAGUCUCUAGAUCAGCCGGGCAAAAAUUAUCUGCAUCUCUAAGCAAGAAGACAAAGUAGGCGCCUCAUUCUUCCACAUGCAGCUUGCAGGAGUGGGGGGGGGGGGCAUGAACCGCUAUCCUAAACCUGAACCAACAAAUAAUAGUCUUUAGAUCCAGGUUGUUCCUUUCAAGCAGAGCAGAAUCAACCCUGUGGAUAUUUGCUCUCUCUUUUGUCCUCUCUUUUACCUUAGGUACGGGAGGGUAUUUUCCAGCUUUUCCGUCAACCGCUUUAAAAAGUAAUUUGUAACUGGGACACUGCCUUACUUUUGCAUGUGUGCAUUUUUGGAGGGUGCGUGUGGAAAGGUUAUAUUUCAUGCCUGCACACAAAUGGGCCCCCAGUAGCCCUCCCAGUUGCUGGGCUGUGCAUUUGGGCUCCUGGUUUCCCCACUGGCUGAAGACCUGGGAGUUUUAGACUACAGGUGAUUUUUGGAUCUGGGUCCCAUCCUGCCUUUUUUGUUUUCUCUUAUAUUUUGCUUUCUUGUAUUUUCUUCUGCUUAUUUGAUCAUUAGUAGCAUGAAUUAUUUUUGUUACAUGAAUUAAUUUUAUUUACACUUUUGUACCUUGCUCUGGAAUCUGUUGACCAAGGGCAAUCAACAAACAUUUGAAAUGAAUUAACCGGAUCUGGGCUUUGCGAUAGCUUUCCACUCCAGUUGCAAAGAAACCCAUCUCUGAAUGCUGAUUUAGGGGAGAGCACCUUCUCAGGUUCUGGUGAGCUAAUUGCUUUGUCCAAAAAGUAGGCCAAAGGCAGGUCUGUGUGUCCACCCCCAUUGACCCUCAAAGCGAGGAUGACCCAAGCCGUUUUGUCUUUCCUAAAAGGUUUCUGUUGCAGAACUCCCUGCAGAGGCUAUGCGGGUGCAACUCUAAGACCACAGCCUGCCUCAUUCAAGCCCCACUCACAGAGCAAUUGCCGCUGCAAUUGAGUUAGAGCAGCUUCCUUUCUGGAAAUAAAACAAGGAGGAAAUUGGAGUUGAUGAGGCCACAAAGGCAGUUCACGCAGGCCUGGUCCCGCCAAGCAGUGUUCUCUCCAAUUUCUUCUGCCAGAGGACUACACAUGCCAAUGCUUAUACUUGGGGCAGGAGUGGAAGUGUCUGGGAUCCGGUGUCCUGGCCCAUCCGGCGACCUCUCAUCCACUUGGCCUUCCUCGUUUGUUCUUUGCAUCUGUUGGUGGCUUGGCUCCUUGCACAGCUGAGCUCUUGCCUGGUGCAGGCAGGAGGUGGGAGAUGGCUUUUGACACUGUGGAGUGGACCCUAAUACCCAGCCUUCUCUCCUCAGGCGGCGAAGUGUCCCAGGAGAGCCUGCUCUUACACGGCCCCUUUGCCAGGAAGCCCAAGAGGAUCCGCACGGCCUUCUCGCCCUCACAGCUCCUGCGACUGGAGCGGGCCUUUGAGAAGAACCACUAUGUGGUGGGGGCAGAACGCAAGCAGCUGGCCAGCAGCCUCAGCCUCUCAGAGACCCAGGUGAGUGCCAGGCAUCCCACUCAGCCUCCUGGGGGAGAAGAGGCUUUCUGCAAGAAUGGGGCCUGUGCCCCCCCCCUUCUCUCCAGGUCUAGGAAGCAGGCAAGCAUCUCAAAAAUUGCUUGGGAUUUCAUCAGUAUUUUAAAAACCGCCCUGUGGCUUAAAUAAUGAUAAUCUACAAUAUGGUUGACCUUUCUAUUAGUAUUUUUUGUUUAAAACACUUUCUUUCUUUGCGAUAAUAUUUGGGGAUCCCAUUUUCUACAUUCCUUCUCUCACAUAUUAGAGGACCAGUCCUGUCCCGAGGCUCCCUUGCAGAACUUGGCUCUCCUCAGACAAUGAAGGCUCAGAGGCCAGGAGUUAAAAUGCUGCUGGUUUUAGGAAGCAAAGGGCUCCAGGUAAAACCACCUGCUUGCAACAUUUUGCCUCCCUCGGACAGCUGUUCCCAUCAGGAUGGCAGUGGUGGGGAUUCCCAGUAUUGUAGAAAUGUCGGGUGCAGCAGGAUAUUUAUUUAUUUACACUUAUGCACCGCUUGAUUGUUUAAAAAAACCCUCAGAGUGGUUUACAUAGAGAACAAAGCAAUAACAUUCUGAGUAAAAGCAGCUCAAAAGAUAAUAUCAGCAAUAAGCUAAAAGCAGAUUAAAACCUGCCUCGACAUCUGGGUAGGCUUGCCUAACAAAAAUGUUUUAAGCCGGUAACGAAAACAGUGCAGUGAGUUCCAAAGUGUCAGUGCUGCCUGCCUCACCCCUUAGUGAGUUAGGAAGAAGACGCUUGGCCUCUGCCCAAUGUGGUUGCCGCACGGACCCCAUUGGACCCAUACUUCACUUUCUGGCUGCACUGGCUUUCCACUUGUGUGUGCACACGUGUCAUCGAAGCAUAGACUUGUGGAGUUGGAAGGGACCCGAGGGCCCCUUCACCCAAUUCCCUGGCCCUGCUCCUCUGCAUACCUUCCAGCUGGAGCUGGGUGAGCGAGGGCUGUGCCUGCAGUGCAGCAUCUCUGGGAUUCUCUUUGGACGUGGGUCCUGCGCACGUGGCUGGUGGCGCAUGUGCUUUGUACUGGCAGCCCCUCCUUGUCUCCUCUUUCAAACAGUUCCCUUGUCGUGUCCCAGAGGGCGAAUGCCUGGCCUCUUGUAAUAUACGCGGACACCCUGCUGGAGCCCCUUACUCCUGCUGCUGCGGCUGCUGCGGUUUUGUUUGACAGUGGAAUCUUGCCCGGAGCAUGUGGAAUAUGCACAGGGAGGGGUCUUGAGCCCCCUCUGAGCCCUGGGCUCACUGACUCGCUUCCAGCCUUGGUUCCUUUCCUGCAAAACGGGAACAAUAUUCUUCAGACUUGCAGGCCCAUGAAGAAGAAAUGCAAGAGAAAGUGUCUUUAAAAAAAAAAUCUUGCACAAAGACCGUACACUAUUUCCAUUAUUUCUAGGAACUGUGCAAACUGCCUCUUUGUGAUGGAGCUGUGGGAUUUCUUUUCUCUUUUUUAAAACAUCAAUAAUCGGAAUCCAUAUUUUAAUUCUAAGAAGUCUGGCCUACUGCACACACAACCAUUUGUGACCCAACAACCUGCUAUGUCAGUGAUUCCCAAACUCCCCCCUUCCUCCCCCCGGCUACUUAAAGAUCUCUGUGAGUCUGGAUGGGCCCCUCAAUGAUUUUUCUGCCCCUUUAACAAUUGCAAUAUGCUGGGCUAGAUGCUCUGGGGUUUGUAAUUUGCAUUGCUUCUUCUGUUUAUUAUAUUUUGCAUUGCAGUUUGAAUUCCACUGAAUACAAUAUAAUGAGCAAAAGAAGCCGUAACAAGAUACAGUUCCAAACCAACAGGGUGCUGGUGAUGGGCGAGUUGUCUCCGAGCCUCAGCCACAAAUCCGCAGACACGCAGGGGCCCUGCAGACCCCCAGGGGUCCACGGACCACAGUUUGGGAGCCCCUGUUCUAGUUGAUGAAGGCCAUCAGUGGCUCCUGGCCAUGCUAGCUAUGCGCUGACUGUGGGCUUCCUGCCCAGAUUUGGUUGAGUACUGCUGGAUUCCCAAAGCAAGGGAGCUCUUUUUGUUAGCAAUGCACCUCUGGGGCUUCUGGACAGUCAAGCUGUUUGUGCAAAGUGCCUUUCCUCCCCAUGUGGCCCUAGUUGUGGUCUUCUGUGGCAGUGGCGUGUUCUGGUGAGAAAGUGCUGCGUUACACCAUGUCUUAUAUGUUCUCAUGGAGACGAGGGCAGGGCGCUUGGAGAUGCAAUGGCAGCUAUUUUCAUUUAUGCAUUUAUUUCAUAAAAUUUAUAUACAGUAGUACCUUGGGUUAAGUACUUAAUUCGUUCCGGAGGUCCGUUCUUAAGCUGAAACUGUUCUUAACCUGAAGCACCACUUUAGCUAAUGGGGCCUCCCACUGCUGCUGCGCCGCCGGAGUACAAUUUCUGUUCUCAUCCUGAAGCAAAGUUCUUAACCCGAGGCACUAUUUCUGGGUUAGCAGAGUCUGUAACCUGAAGCGUAUGUAACCUGAAGUGUAUGUAACCCGAGGUACCACUGUACCUCUUGAUUGUAGAAAAACCUUCAAGCAGUUUAGCAAAAAGAUAAAAAAAUUAAAACCAUCACUAACAAUUUUACAACCGUAAUUUGAAGCAUGCAGGAAGUUAAAACAUACAGAAAGCAAUGGAAUAGACUAAAACAAAUUAAAGCUCAUACUUUCUUUCCAAACGUCUGCGUAGAAUUGUCUAAAUAAGAAUGUUUUUGGCAGAUGCUGGAAAGAGCACAGGGAAGGUGCCUGAUUGCUAUCAAUAGGCAGGAGAGAGAGAGAGAUAAAACUUUAUUCGCAUUAGCCAAUGGCCAUAGCAACAGUAACACAUUACAGUAUACGCAGAAAAGGAAAUUUGAUAUAAAAGCACAAUUUAAAGUCCUGAAUCAGCAGUCAGUAUCAAUAGGCAGGGAGUUCCAACGUGUCUGUGCUGCCACACUAAAAUACCAAGUUCUUCCAGAUGUGGUGAGGGUAUUCUGUGGCACCUGGAAAAGUGCCGAAGCUGCAGAUUGAAGCGGUCCACUUUUUAAUUCCACCCCCUCCCAUCAGAGUCAACGAGAGAAAAAAAUCCUUGCGCCAGAAAUGGGGGCUGAUGCAAAUCUGUGCCAGACUUUUCACAAAGUGGCAAACGUGCUUACUCCUGCCCCGCUUGAAAGAUAGAUAGACUUAAGAAGGAAGUUGGAAAAGGGACGCUUCUUCCCACUUCCUCUCUCGGCUCUCUGUGCUUUCGGAUUGACGCUUGAGCAGCUGGACAGAAAGCAGAGAGACUGAGAGAGUCGGGCGGAGAAAGGGGAGCAAUAUGAGAAAGUGGAAUGUGGGGUUGGAGAGAAGCAACAGGAGCAGGAGGGCUGCCCACAACACAAUUCAAAAUUCCAAAUGGUGGUCUUGUUGGUGGACCCAACAUGAGGUGAGAAUGAGGCUUCCAAGUUUUACUGUUGUUUGGCACAAAUGACCAUGUGAAUGAGGAAAAUCAUCUAGCAGUGGCUGGGUACUUCUUUCCUUUUAUUUGGUAGGAUUCCUGCUUCAUGCUAGCAGUUUAAACGGCAACCUUUGCAAGAUGGUUUACAUUUCUAAUUAACAGCUACUAAAUGCUGCGUUUCUGCCAGGCAGCCAGUGAUCUUUGGCUAAAGCUCAGCGUGUUUUACAGGUUGAACCUGUGUGAGGAAAAUAUGGGAGGACAGCAGUCGUGCUGAACCUACGGUACUCAAUUGGCUAUUACGUUAUGUGCUGCCACGCUGCCUGCAUUUUCGGACCCCCCCUUGUGGGAGGGGGCUCUCGGGAUGAGUUCUGUUGCUUCAAAAUUUACUUCAACAUCACUGGUUAUAUAUGACAUUUAUUUCUCUAGAUGUGAUUGGGUUUGCUGAAGGCUGAUGAGCAGGCUGUUUUGACUUGAGGAAUUGUACCACUGCCCAAAUAGGAUGUAAUCAUGUCUGUAACUUGGAGGAAAACCUGACAACUUUUAGGAGGCAGAAUUUAUGUGGCCGUAGAGGCUCUUGUUGAAAACGGCACCACGAUCCUUCGGGUCAGUGCAAUGCCCGGUGGCAUCUCCUUCCAUACAAUGACGGAUGGACCAUCUGCACUCCCUGUCUGGGUCAGGAUGCUGCCUGCUCAGGGCUGGCAAAGAAGAGAAAAAGAAGAACGUUUGGCCAGCUUAUCUUGCAGGGGGCUGGACUAGAGAUGACCCUUUGGGUCCCUUCCAAGCCUACAAUUCUGUGCUCAUAAGCUGGCAGUCCAGUAUAUGUGCCUUAACAUUUCAUGUUGUCAGAAUACCUUAAUAUGUGUCCUUUCCUGUCUUGACGUCACCUUUUUAUUUAAUUUAAUGCUAUUCUGCAAAACCUGUUGCUUUGAAAGCUGCACCACAGUUUGCAAGCACACUCACUCCGAAAAUUUGCUCAAAGGUGAGCCAGGCGCGCCAAAGGCUGAUCUGCCAGGAAGGGUGAGAUAAGAAAAGUCUUUUGAAAUGGUUGGUAUCUGUGCUUUGAGUUAAUGUGCUCAGGAUGCAGAGAAGCAGAAUGGAUUUUAUGCACCCGGUGGGUCACUAUGAGACUUACACUUUGAGCCUGGAAGGAUAAAUGCUCAGUCUAUUCUGCGGUGGAAUGAAGACCAUUUAAACGCACUUUCUAUAAACAUCGGCUUGGAUACAUAUUCACUCAUUUGGAAGGCAUGUACUGAUCUGUUUGUGUAAACUGAGAUGGAUGUGCUGAUGCAAAAAUGUAUUGUUAAUGUGAGCUUGGUUUUCUCCUUGCGCCCCCCCCCGAUUUUUCUUAAUGAAUUUGCAAUUUUAAAACACCAGUAAAAAAGGACAUAGGAGUUAAAUUACAAAGUGAACUGGUGUCAUUUGAAGGUUCUGCUCUGGGGGCUUUUCGGGUGGGGAAGAAACUCCUUUGGCUGCACUGGCGAAGGAAAACGCAUCCUCCAUUGCUAGGCAGGUGGCUGGAACUUGGAAUAGCAGAGGACAGACAGACUUUGUAGUAACUUGGAGGAAGGACACCACAGGAGUUUGAAGUGUUGUGAAUAUAUAUAUAUAUAUAUAUAUAUAUAUAUAUAUCUGCCAUAUAAGCUUUUUAAAUAUCAAAACAGCUUACAAAAUCCAACUGAUUUGCUAUAUGACUGACAUUAUUUUAGUCCUGCGUUGCUGAGCACUUGGGUUCUGUGGGAGAGAGUGAGGGCAACGGCCCAGACCCCCUUCAUGAGCCCCAAGCUCAGUUCCCAAACACUGGAAGAAGACUUCUCUGAGUGUGUGCAGAGUGCAGUUCCUGCACAGCCGGGCCACCCUCUCAGUAUGUUCUGAGUGCAGGGCUUCCACCCAAAUCAGGACUUAGGGCUGUUAGGACUUAGGGCUCAUUCAGACCUCUUUAUGUCCUGCUGUUUUCCCCCUGGGGAAACCUGCUCUUUCUCACAAUCAGGUUUUCCGUGGAUUGAUGUUCACUCCAAUUCAGCACUAAAGAGCAGGUUUUCCUAGGGGGAAAGCAGCAGGGGAAACAGAAAACCACUUGGACCUGUUCUUUGUAGGAGAGGCAGAAGUGUGGGAGAUUCCUUGGUGAGAGGGACUGAGGCCAAGAAGCCCCCCAUUUCCCCAUUGCCAUGAACUCAGUAGCCCUUCUUAGGCAAUUUGAGUGAAUGACGUGUGCAGCUGGUUGUGGCGGCAAUAAGACUGGCUACUGGAUGGGCCCCCUUUGGCCUGAUCCAGCACGCUUUCCUUAUGUUCUUCAAAGUGAUAUUAGGUAUCUCAAUCUGCAGCAAAAUUAUGAGAAUUUGAUUAAGCCGUCACGCACAGAAUGCCUUGUUAAUUUCUUUAUUUUUAAAGACCGAUAGAGGAAGUGCAAUGACACUCUCCAAGAUAAUCCUGGGUGUAGAUCUUGCAAAGUGAGUUGGCUUCUGAAAUGUGGGUUCAGUGGGGAGCUUGCAUCCUUUGGGCUGCUGGGAACAAUAUGGCUUGGGACUCUGUGAAUGCGCUCAGGUGAGGAGCAAAAGGAAGUGGGGGCAUGAGAGGGAACACCCCAGAAAUGUCACCCCACAUGUGACAAACUGACCAUACAAAAACUUGGGUCUUCUUCUGCUAAUGAGCUUCUACACCAGCAGUGACGGAGGCUGUACAAUGGGUCGUUUUUACAGUUUUUUCCACAGCAUGGGAAAACCUGGAUUAAAUGUAGCAAAAAGUACAGACUGGCAUUUCAGUGACGAUGACACCAUAUUAAGCUUUCAUACAUGAGCUGCUGGGAUGCACACAAAAAAUCCCACCUGGAAGCACUCAGGGUUCAGUCUUUCAAAGGGUGCUCAGAUUGUUCUCAACAGCAAAAGCAGAGCUGCUGUUUUCAUUUAUUCUAACAUAGAGCAUAGAAUCAUAAAAUUGGAAGAGAUCCCAAGGGUCAUCUAGUCCAACCCCCUGCCAUGCAGGAAUCCCAACUAAAGCAGCCAUCAUCAUCAUCAUCAUCAGACAUAUGUUUGUGUGUCCCUAUUUCUGUAUUACAUCAUUUUGACUGGCUGUCUUCUCUUUGCUCUGUGUUCUCUGACAACCUCCACAAUGCAAUGGACCACUUUGCCCCCGAGGGAGGUUUCCUUCUGACCUGGGGGGCUGCUUUCUCCCCAAAGUCAAGUUUUAGAAGUUGCUCUGCAACCUUUCUGAGGACAGCUGUUUGCCCGUCCAUCUGGCCACCCGCCCUCCAUCCUUGUCCAGGCGGAAACAGCCUCCUCGAUGCCACAAAAUCUGUGCGGGUGGAGUUUUAGUUUGCAAUACACAAUAGCUGUAAGAAAUCCAUAUUUUAGCAUGGCAGCAGCUGCACUGUGGAACUCCCUGCCUCUUGAUAUGACACAGGCUCCUUCACUGUACUCUUUUCAGCGCCUACUAAAAACACGUCUGUUUGGACAAGCCCAACCAGAUGUUUAAUCCAUCUUUAGCCGAUUGCUGGUUUUAGAUUCUGAAUGUUUUAAAGAGUUGCCUUUACUGUUUUUACUGAUAACUUUAUUGUUUUCUUCUCAUUGUAAACGACUUUCAGGUGUUGGGUUCCCACCAUCACCAACCAGACAGUGGAUAAUUUUAAUGAAAUGAAUACAUAAAUAUUCUUACUUGCUUUGAUUGUCUAGGGUAGGUUGGAGUAAAUAUUUUGCAUGAAUAAAUAGGCAGUCAACCGUCCAGCCUCUUGGGCUCAAGUUCAGAGGCAGUGAGGAGUUAAGUGUUUUAAUUACUUAAAUAAACUAGUAGAAACACUUCUAAAAUGCGUUGAGACCACCUGGCCUUAAUUUCCAGGCUCCAUGUCCACAUCUUCCUUCCUUCCUUCCUUCCUUCCUUCCUUCCUUCCUUCCUUCCUUCCUUCCUUGCAGUUUUAUCAGUUUUAAGAAAUACAAAGAUUCAGAAAAAUUGUACAAUGUAGCUUACAAAUCUUAAGAACACACUAAAUAAUAAUAUGAAUAGCAAUAUGAAAAGAUAUAAUAAACAAAAGAGUGGUCAGGAUCAGUGGGCAUGGGGUGAAGAGUACUGUUAGGAGCACAUUUAAACAUUUCUUACCAACAAACAAAAAAUAGAGAACAAUGUUUGGGGCUUAUAUAUUGGUGUAUUUAGAGAGCCGUAUAAGCAGAGAUAGGAUUGUCACCUGUAUUUCAUUAUGUCAAUCAAAGAUUUCUGAAUGCUGGAUGCAGGUUCAAAUUGUGCGAUUCCUCCUUUGCAUGCUUAAUAAAAUCAUACCAUAUUGCAAAUAAUAAUAAUAAUAAUAAUAAAAGUUCAUUUUGUUUUGUCCUCUUGCUACUCUUCAUGAACAGGCCAUGUUUUUCCAAAAGGGUGACUGCGCACACUUUGCUGUGCCAUGCUCAGAGCAUAGCCUCCAACUAAAUCUUCCCAGUGACUGGCAAUGACAUACCUGGUGGCCGAUAAUAGACACCAUCUCGCUGCAGUGCGUGGGGACAACUUCAGUUUCAAAUAAGUGUACAGUGGUACCUCGGGUUAAGUACUUAAUUCGUUCCGGAGGUCCGUUCUUAACCUGAAACUGUUCUUAACCUGAAGCACCACUUUAGCUAAUGGGGCCUCCCGCUGUUGCUGCAUGAUUUCUGUUCUCAUCCUGAAGCAAAGUUCUUAACCUGAGGUACUAUUUCUGGGUUAGCAGAGUCCGUAACCUGAAGCAUCUGUAACCUGAAGCGUAUGUAACCCGAGGUACCACUGUAUAACUGGAGUCACUGUACGGUGAAUAAUUCUGCCUCUUUCUUGGAAAACUGAGCUCCUCAGCCUCUUCCGCUUUCGUGUCUCCCGCAGGUGAAGGUCUGGUUCCAGAACAGGAGGACCAAAUACAAGAGGCAGAAGUUGGAAGAGGAAGGCCCAGAGUCGGACCAGAAGAAGAAAGGCUCCCACCACAUCAACCGAUGGCGGAUCGCCACCAAGCAAUCCAACGGAGAAGACAUUGACGUCACGUCCAACGACUAGGAGGGAGGUGGGAGGAGGCUGCUGGCAAGACAGUUCGCGGACAGGACCGCGUGGGAAGGGGGGGGAACCAACUCUGGAGACUGAGCCAGGACAGGGCAGCCUCCCACUGCCACGCAUGGGCUGUCCUCCGUGGGGGAACGCGCUUCGUCUCGGAGCCCCCUCCUCCCUGGGGCUCCCGCCAGCCCUCCAGCCCAUGGGGCCACCUGUGGGGAUAGGGAAUGCACUUGAUGGCCGAGGACGGCCGAGGUGGGAGGCUGUAUCGGCUCCAGGAAAAGGAAGGGCUUUGCCGCUUGCUCCAGCAAGGAAGUCCCCCGUCAGCCAUAUGAGCAAAUAAACACAUCCACCAAGACCCAUGCCCUGCACACUCCUCCUGUCUUUGUUGGGCUUCGGUUGGGUUUACUAUUAUUUUUCUAAUGGCAGCAAACCCAUUUUCUCUUUAAUUUAUUCUUCAGUGUCUCUGCGUUUGGUGUGUGCAUAUCCCCUGUGUCGUAGAUAGCAACAGAUGUAGUGUGUGUUACUGUGCG